ACCGAUAAAAAGGCUGAACGUCUCGCCAAGCUGGCAGCAUGGAAGAAGAAGCAGGAGGAGAAGGAGAAACAGAAAGAACCGACUCCAGGUGGAACUCGGAAGCUUCUUGCUGAGAUGGACGAAAAGGCUAACACUGUACCCUCCAAUACAACACCUGUAGGAGCUUCUCCGACGCCAAUAUCGCCUGCUGACACGCAGGUCCCUUCACCAGCAACCCCAUAUGCUGGUAAAUUUGAUCCCAAGGCUAUCGCUAAAAAGUCGGCUCCUAAAGCGCACCCUCCUGCCGCGCCUAAACUAGGUGUCGUUGCCGGUCAGCCGCCAUCCAUAAGCCUCAGUUCAACCGCACAGGUCUCAAGUGUAUCUGCUCUUCCACAAAGUAGGGCUAAAACGAGUGGCUUCGGUUUCCACAAGCAAAAUGCAGAAACUGAGAAAGUUGCUCAGAAGCGGAAGUUGAUACUGGAUGAAGAAGAGACAUCAGACAGAAAACUUGCUAAGCUACCCUCCCUACCCCUCGACGACGUAGAUGAUACACCCUAUGAAAAUCAGGACGAAGAGGAUGACGAUGAUACUGUUCCUUUCGCCGGGGAUGAAGAAGAAGAGGCCGCCGCCGCCCGAGCAGCUCAGGAGAGACGAGAGGAGCGUAUUGCGCAAGAGAAUGCGCAGCAGACGACGGAAAUGCAGGUUGAUCAAGGCGAGGAAGAAACAACUGCAGAAACGAAUGGUGUCACUCAGACUACCCAGCCAGAUGAUGUCAUGGAAGUUGACGAGGAUGAUGUUGAUCCUCUAGACGCCUUCAUGAAUGAUCUCGAGACCAAACCCGCUACUAAUCCACGUCCCAAAGCAAGCCUCAACCAGAGUAAAGAUUCGCAAGAGCCGGAAGCGUAUUUCAGCGACGAUGAGUAUGACUACCGAAAUGAGAAUGUGGACCCCGAUUCGUUCUUGGCCAUCGCGGCGAAAGCUCGUAAGAAGAAAGACAUCCCAUCUGUUGACUACAGCAAGCUUGACAUACAACCUGUUCGAAAAAAUUUCUGGGUUGAACCAUCUGAAUUAUCAGAGAUGACCGAUGCCGAAUUAGCAGACCUGCGCAUCGAACUAGACGGGAUUAAGGUAUCUGGAUUCGAAAAGCCCACGCCGAUUCAGAUGCAAGCGUUUCCUACAAUCAUGUCCGGUCGAGACGUCAUUGGCGUUGCGAAGACCGGAUCGGGAAAAACUUUAGCCUUCUUAUUACCUAUGUUCAGGCACAUCAAGGAUCAGCGACCUCUGAAGGAGAGCGAAGGUCCUAUUGGCUUGAUCAUGACUCCUACGCGUGAGUUAGCUACCCAAAUCUACCGAGAUUGCAAACCAUUCCUGAAGUCAAUGAACCUUCGAGGAGUCUGCGCAUACGGUGGCGCACCUAUCAAAGAUCACAUCGCCGAGUUGAAGAGAGGCGCAGAAAUUGUGGUUUGCACCCCAGGUCGUAUGAUUGAUCUGCUAGCAGCGAAUCAAGGUCGCGUGACUAACCUAAAGAGAGUUACGUAUGUCGUCCUUGACGAGGCAGACAGAAUGUUUGACAUGGGCUUCGAGCCCCAGGUAAUGAAGAUCUUCGCGAAUAUGCGACCAGACCGCCAGACAAUUCUCUUCUCGGCCACCAUGCCUCGUAUCAUGGAUGCGCUGGCCAAGAAGGUUCUAAACAAUCCUGUAGAAAUCACCGUAGGAGGGAAGAGCGUUGUCGCCCCUGAAAUCACCCAAGUCGUCGAAAUUCGAGAAGAAAAUACCAAAUUCGUUCGCCUGCUUGAGCUCUUGGGCGAGCUUUACGAUAGGGACGAGGAUGCUCGGGCGCUAAUAUUCGUGGAGCGCCAAGAGAAGGCGGACGACUUACUAAAGGAACUAUUGCGCAAAGGUUACCCUUGCAUGUCAAUUCACGGUGGGAAGGAUCAAAUAGAUAGGGACUCGACCAUUAUCGAUUUUAAAGCUGGAGUUAUUCCGGUCCUCAUCGCGACGUCCGUGGCAGCCCGCGGUCUCGAUGUUAAACAACUGAAACUAGUCGUCAAUUACGACGCCCCGAACCAUCUCGAAGAUUAUGUGCACCGUGCCGGCCGUACCGGGCGUGCCGGUAACAAAGGUACAGCAGUCACUUUUAUAACAAGAGAUCAAGAAAACUGCGCGCCAGGAAUCGCGAAGGCCCUAGAGCAAAGUGGACAGGAGGUGCCGCCAGAACUGGAAGAAAUGCGUAAAGCAUUUAGGGAUAAAGUCAAGUCUGGUAAAGCCAAAGAUCAAUCUGGCUUUGGCGGCAAAGGACUAGAGAGGCUUGAUCAGGAGAGAGAAGCAGCCCGGCUCAGAGAGCGAAAAUCCCAUCGGACAGAAGGCGACGAGGAGGAAGAAAAGAAAGAGGAGAAAGAUGGCGAGGACAAGAAGGGUGAUAAGGCUCUUUCGGCCAUUCAGACGGCCUCUUCGGGUAUUGUCUCUCGCGAUGCCGCUGCCCCGAAGAUUGAUCUCGAACCGAAAUUUACUAUCCACAAGAGGGAAGAUGCUGCACCGUCUGCAAGCGCCAGCAAUCCCUUGGACAAGGUAUCUUCUGCGAUCAAUGCCAUCAAUGCGCGUUUAGGUCGCGCGGGCCAGCUAAGACCGGGUCAACCAAUCGACAACAAAGGCCCAGACGCAGGUGCAUUCCAUGCAACUCUCGAAAUCAACGAUUUCCCACAGAAGGCCCGUUGGGCCGUCACCAAUAGAACGAACGUCGCCAAAAUUCUUGAGGCGACUGGAACGUCCAUUACCAACAAAGGAACAUUUUAUCGACCAGGCCAAGAGGUACCGCCCGACGGUGAACCUAAGCUUUACAUUCUAGUGGAAGGUGAUACCGAAUUAAUGGUAGCUAACGCCAUGGCCGAGCUCACCCGCUUACUCAAGGAGGGUACCAUCGCCGCCGCCGAUGCGGACAAUAGGGCUCCUAUCGGUGGUAGAUAUACCGUCACUUAGGGCUGUAGCGCUCAGGUGUCUUAAGGACAAGUUAAUGGAUAGUGAGACAGAGAAAAUAUCGUGAACUAGUAGAAUUGGCGUGCUCUAUUUACGAAGGGGGUUUGUUUGGCGUUUGGCAGGUCGGAGAACAAGGCGGACGUACACAGUUCAAAUCGAA